CUGCGCCCAGAACCUCUGUCUCCACGUGGGUUCCGUAGAGAAACUGCCGCUAGGGAUCAUGGCGGGUGCCGAGACUCGGGACGCGGCAGAAGCCGAAGCCUCGCAGCCUCAGAAGCGCUACUAUCGACAGCGGGCUCACUCCAACCCCAUGGCAGACCAUACACUGUGCUACCCUGUGAAGCCAGAGGACAUGGACUGGUCUGAGCUAUAUCCAGAGUUCUUCACUCCACCGACUCAAAAUCAGAGCCACGAUGACCCAAAAGAUGAGAAAGAAAAGAGAGCUCAGGCCCAAGUGGAGUUUGCAGACAUAGGCUGUGGUUAUGGUGGCCUGUUAGUGGCACUGUCACCGCUGUUCCCAGACACACUGAUGCUGGGUCUGGAGAUCCGGGUGAAAGUCUCAGACUAUGUACAAGAUCGGAUUCGGGCCCUACGAGCAGCUCCUGGAGGUGGCUUCCAGAACAUCGCCUGUCUCCGUAGCAAUGCCAUGAAACAUCUUCCUAACUUCUUCCGCAAAGGCCAGCUGACAAAGAUGUUCUUCCUCUUCCCUGACCCACAUUUCAAGCGGACAAAGCACAAGUGGCGAAUCAUCAGCCCCACACUGCUGGCAGAAUAUGCCUAUGUGCUGAGUGUUGGGGGGCUGGUAUAUACCAUAACUGACGUGCUGGAGCUACAUGACUGGAUGUGCACCCAUUUUGAAGGGCACCCCCUGUUUGAGCGUGUGCCUUUGGAGGAGCUGAGUGAAGACCCCAUUGUGGGACAUCUGGGCACCUCAACCGAGGAGGGAAAGAAAGUUCUACGCAAUGGAGGGAAGAAUUUCCCAGCCAUCUUCCGAAGGAUACAGGAUCCCACCCUCCAGGCAGUGACCCCUAGUCCCACCCCUCCUGGUCACUGACUUUGCCUUUGCUGACCUGGCCUUAGCUGGACCCCAUCUUCCAGGGACUGGAAAGAAGACUGGGCCCCUGGACCUUCCCUGCUGAGCCUGCUAGGGCUGAGAGGCAGCAGUCUCUCAAAGAAGUUGAAGAAUUACCCCGGGCAGAACCCUGAAGUACAUGACUACCCCUGACUCCUCUCACCUUGCCUUUCCAAUAACAGCAGAAAGCAAAAGCAGCUGACUGGGAAGGUCAAAAGACCUUGGACCAGAAGGGGAUCCUUGGAAGAGAGCGGGGUCUUGCUCUCCCUUAGCACUCCCUUCUCCUUCUAGGAUCUCUCCUCAGCUAGAGUGAGCAAUGCAAUUCUCCACUCUCCAUCUAAACUGCCUGCUAGGCUCACAUCACCUGCCCACUAUGUUUACUUUGUUAUUCUGGGGUAACAUGUAUAUAUGUGCAUGUGCCCAUGCUGCUAUUACCCAGGCAAGGCUAGAGCGUGUAUCAUUCCUGUCCUCUCCCUGCGUAAGACUUGACCUGGGGAACCUGUGCUCUCUUUAUUGUUGCUGUCUCUGGAGAGACCCUGGGGAGGGUGUGAUGGUGGAGACCCUCUCCUUUUCCUUGUUAACAUUCACUUUGAUUGCAGAACCUGAGAGCUGACUGGCUGGCACAGAGCCUGCUUGGGGGUAGGGGUAGGGUAAGGUGGUGAGGAGCAGAAAGCUGAACCUGGGAGGAUUCUGAAGCUAAAAGUGGAAAGGGGCUGCUGACUAGAAAGCCCCGGCAAAGGGGAUGAGUCGGCUGGAGAUUCAGAGCACUCGCCUAGCCCUUCCUCCAUACGGGAGCCCAGACAAAUCUCUGAACUUGUCUAAUUUGCAAAAAAGUUCUUUCAUUGCUGUUACUCAAGCCCCAAAUUCCCAUGGCUGGAGGACAGGGCUUGUUAACCCAAAAAACCAACCUGCCUCUCCGCAAGGAAUAAAGACGAAGGCUCCUGGAGCCAUUUUAACUCAUUAA